UUCAGACAGGUACAGAUGAUGUCAUCAGUGAAGGUGCAGUGUGCGGUGAAGGCGAGCGCUCUGAUUGGUGAAGGGCCGGUGUAGGAGCUAGAACAGACGCUGCUGUUUGUUGACAUCGCUGGACAGAAAAUCCACCGCUGGAGCCCAGCGACCAAUCAGAUCCAGUCUGUGGAGACAGGUGACACAGUGGGCUUCGUGGUUCCUCGCAGGGCAGGUGGUUAUGUUGCAGGCGUGGGUCGCAGCAUUGUGGCCGUUGAUUGGUCGACUCAGACAAUGACAUCAUUGGUGGAGGUUGAUGGUGACAAACCGAACAACCGACUGAAUGACGGGAAGGUCGAUCCGAUAGGACGCCUGCUGGCAGGUACAAUGGGGAAGGAGGUCCGACCUGCGGAGGUUCAGAGACAACAAGGAUCCCUGUUCUCUGUGACCUCUGACCUGACUGUGACCAGACACCUGGACCAGGUGGACAUAUCUAACGGGUUGGACUGGUCUCUUGAUCACCGGACAUUUUUCUACAUCGACAGUUUGUCUCUGACCGUUGACGCCUUCGACUACAACUCACACACGGGACACCUCGGUAACCGCCGUGUAGUGUACCGUAUGGAGGAGGGGGAGGGGCUUCCAGACGGGAUGACGGUUGACGGUGAAGGUCGUCUCUGGGUGGCCUGUUACAAUGGAGGACGCGUCAUCAACAUCGACCCUGCGACGGGUGUUCGGCUGCAGACGGUCUCUCUGCCGGUGAUGAAGACCACCUCAUGUUGUUUCGGAGGUCCGGACUACUCUGACCUCUAUGUGACCUCAGCCAGUCUGGGCCUUGACCAAUCAGAGAGACAGCAGCCGCUGGCCGGAGACACUUUCAGGGUGACAGGACUCGGGGUCAAAGGUCGUCCUUCAAACUCAUUCUCUGGAUGAAUUUCAGGAGACUUGAACAGCCAAUCACAGCACAGAUCAACUGCAGGAAGUGAUCACCUGUUGGAUUAAUCCUGUCAGAGAGCUGUUAAUGAUCAAUAGUUAUUAAGUGGAUCAAUAAAAUGUCAUCGUGACUUCAUGC